AAUGAAAUAAUAAAACAAGAAUGUGUGUUGUGAAGAGGACAGGUGGAGCUGAUCGAGUAGGAGCAGGAAGUGGGAGGAGCCGGGCUUUAUCAGAGCCUAUAUAUGGGAUUGAGUUCAGGUGUGACGCCUUUGCAUUACCUGCAGCAGAGCCAGCUGGGCUCUCUACGGGCAACAAUUGUUUGAGUGAAAAUGAUCAUCUUGUGUCUCAACAUUGGGAUUUCUUAUUAAAAGAAGUCAUGUUUCGAAGAAGGAUACCAUUCUCACAGAUCGCCUUAGCCACAGUGCUGGGAGUCGCUGGUGGUAUUUAUAUCUACAAACCUUAUUUUGAGCCGGGGCUGAAAACGUCAGGACAACAAAACCAGGAUGUGCCAAAGAAACAGAAUGAAACAGACUGAAAUGAUUCAUCACUCCUGGGAAAUACUUCACAGACAGAAGCCAGAAGACAAACAUCAGGUUGCUGGACUGUCAGAGCUGGAGGCCAAACUAAAAGCAAGACCAGCAUGGAUAAAUUCAUGCUUCCUUGGGGUUCUUUGAAUGAUUGUUAAUGUACAAAAUAAAGUAUUCAAUAAUUUGA